AUGAUAAAUAAUGGUAAAGAAUUACUAAAUGAUAAUACAGUUUCAGUAAAUGAUAAUGUAUACAAUGAUGAAUCGGUUGAUGUUAUUAAAGAAGUUUUGACAAAUGAUGAUGAAUCUGACGAAUCUAACAUUGAAGAAGAUCUAGUAGAUGAUAUAUUAGAAGAGUUGUCUUUUGACUUUAAGGGUUUUGAUAGUGAGUAUGACUCAUACUUUCCAAAUUUUACAUCACAUACUUGUAAUUUUGCGACACUUGUUGGUGUAAAAGAAAUAGUACAUCAUACGUUUAAAAUUAUGGUAUCACAUAUGAACUGCAAUUGGAUAGAUUCUCAUUUUAGUACAAGACCAAAUAUAUUAUCUAAUCUUAUCGCAGAUCUAAAUAUUUACACAAUAUUAACUGGCUGGUAUGCUACAGAAAAUUCAUCUAAUAUUAUGAAUAAACAGAUAUUUGAAAACGAAUGUGAUA